AUGGCUCGUGGAAGCGACCAGGGACAUACCGCUCUUUCCGGAGUCAAAACUCAAACAACAAGUUUUUCGUUCGCUUUGAUAUUAUCCAUUACAAUUUUGAAAUUCUACGAAACCAAGUUUAAAACAGUCCUAAGAUACCUCCGCUAUCUCGACGACACACUCGAGAUCAUCUCAAACUUCCGCACUUUCGAAUACAACCUUCUCGACUACUUCGAUCAACAAGCCGAUGCAGAGAAUGCAUAA